UUAUCUUCUCCGUCCCUUUCCAACAACAACAAUAAUCAUGGAAUAAACAAAAUCAAAAUUCAUGAAAAAGAAAACAAAAUCAGGUGGUGGGUGUAGGAUUGAAGAGUUAACCAAAAGGAGUGCUAAUCCACCGUGUCAUUUCGCCGGUUUUGAUCUUCAUCCCCUGGUUUUUUAGGUCACUGUGUAAUUCCUUGCAUUCUUUUUCCCUUUAAGCAUUCUCUCCUUUUCAUCAUUUCUGGAUCUUCUCUCGAUUCUCUAACAAUUAGCCAGCUCAUCUUCCCUCUGUUCUUUGACAUUAUUUUUAAUCUUCACACCAUUUUAUCUCUUAUUAUCAGUUUCCCCGUUCUGUCACUUUCAUUACACUUUUGAUUCUUACAGUAUAAUCUUAUUCUUCUGUCUGUUUCAUUUUUUCCCCAUCAAUUAACUUAAUGGAUCUGGUUUUGCUUUUCAAAUUCGUGGACUUUUUUUGUGAUUAGAUCUAAUUGUACGAUUCUUUGAUGACAGUUUAUUCGUUUGUGUACUCGAAUUUAUUGGUUUCUUUUAAAUUUCUUGAAUUUAAUUUCAUUUUGUCUUCAAAAUAGUCAUAUACUUUGUACAUUAACUUCUGGGUUUCUUUGAAAUUAAUUCAGUUCGAUCCUUUUUGGUGUUUUGAGUUUCUGGGUGUCACAAAAAAAUGGUGACAGUUAAUUUAGGAAUGCUUCAUUAUGUUCUUGACCAUAUUUAUGGAGCAUUUAUGCACAGAACAAAAAUUAGCCCACCAUUUUUCUCUGGAGGAUGGGGUGGUUCAAAGCUUGAGCUCUUAGAAAGAUUGGUGAAGCAGCUAUUCCCUGAAGCGGAAGGCCAGAAUUGGCCGCCGAGUUUGAUACAGCCCAUUUGGAGAACAGUUUGGGAGACUAAAAGUGCUUGUUUAAGGGAAGGGAUAUUUAGAACCCCUUGUGAUGAGCAGCUCCUUAGUGCAUUGCCUCCUGAGAGUCACACUGCAAGAGUUGCUUUUCUUGUACCAAAAUUUGUCCCUCCUCAAAAGAUGGCCUGUGUGGUUCAUCUUGCAGGCACUGGGGACCAUACAUACGAACGGAGGUUGCGUCUUGGCGGACCAUUGUUGAAGGAAAACAUCGCAACCAUGGUGCUGGAGAGCCCUUUCUAUGGACAUAGACGCCCUAUGCUGCAGCAUGGUGCAAAACUCUUGUGUGUGAGUGACUUGCUUUUAUUAGGUAGAGCAACCAUUGAGGAGGCACGGAGUCUGUUAUAUUGGCUAGAGUCUGAGGCAGGGUUUGGCAAGAUGGGCGUUUGUGGACUUAGCAUGGGGGGAGUACAUGCUGCAAUGGUUGGAUCACUGCACCCCACACCUGUUGCAACUUUUCCUUUUCUCUCCCCACAUUCUGCUGUUGUGGCAUUCUGUGAAGGGAUAUUAAGGUAUGGUACUGCAUGGGAGGCACUGAGGGAGGAUCUAGCAGUGCAAAAGACUGCAAUAACUCUCGAGGAAGUGCAAGAGCGGAUGCGAAAUGUAUUGUCUCUCACAGAUGUCACGCGCUUUCCAAUUCCCAAAAAUCCCAAUGCUGUAAUAUUUGUUGCUGCAACUGACGAUGGUUACAUACCAAAGCAUUCUGUUAUGGAGCUUCAAAAGGCUUGGCCGGGUUCGGAGGUGAGAUGGGUUACCGGAGGGCAUGUUUCAUCCUUCCUUCUGCACAAUGGUGAGUUUCGCAAGGCAAUUGUUGAUGGGCUUAGCAGAUUAGAGUGGAAAGAGUCUCAACCAUAAUAGAUAUUACUAAUGAAGAAGACUACAAUAUUAUUUUCUUUUGUAAUCUUCUUCACCAAUAAUUCCUGAUGAACUUUGUAAAAUGUACAACAACUCAUACCUAACACCCUUCAAAGGGAUAAAAAGGUAUUCUGUAAUCUUCAAAGGAACUUCACUUUUAUUUAUUUAUUUUUGAACAGCAACUGAUUUUAGGUAAUCCAAGCAAUGUUAAUCAUGGGUUAUUCUUUUA